UUUCUCUUUCUCGCUGUAAGAAAAUUACGAUCAUGCUAAUCCUUUUGUACUUCUUCCUUAUUAUUAAUUUAUUGUUCGAAUAGAAAUAGCUGCGGCGAUAUUUCUAUCCACCGCUGUUCGAAACGGUAGUAGGCAGAGGAGUUGCUGCCCGGAGUAAACCACCGAAAUGGGGAAAAGAAAGGAAAAGAGGAAAUAUUCUAAAAAACCAUAUACAUCGGACCAACUCGUCCCCGUCCCCAUCGCCUCCCCCACUCCUCUUGUUAAUUUAUCCCUCAAUUCUGUGUUGCUUUAUGAUUGGUGGUUGUGCACGGCGAAGCCCCGAGAUUUAGCUGUUGGAGGGUUUGAAUGCAGAGGGAGACAAGGACAAAGAGUGAUGUACUCGGCAGCCAUCGCCAAAAGACAUGAUGCCACCACUCUUGAAACUACCGAUGGCAUCAUGGUUGCUAUCAGCGGCUUCAUCAAUACCUCUCGUACACUUGAAAAUGGCUUUUCACCUAAGGUUUGCGGCCAUUUCCUUUUUGGGUUUCCAUAUGAUUGGGAGGAAUACGCAUCACCUUCAGAAGCUUGUUCUUCUAAUGAAGAAUCUGUUUGUCAUGGCAGCAGUGCAAUUUCUUCCCUGCCACCUUCUUUAGACAAGCUCCAUGUCCCUGCUGCUAGGAUGCGCGAUCUUCUGAUGUUUUCUGCUGGAGACUCUCAAAAAUUGGUUUUCGAUCACAUGCUGCAGAAAUUGAGCUCCCAUGAUUCUCAAAACGCAGUUAUUACAGUCGGUUCAAACACUGGAAAUAAACAUCCAGAAGUACGUCCUUAUUCUGCUGCUGAUUGUGAAAAUUCGAAUUGCCAAAAGAAGGUUAAGGUUAUCGAGAAUGAUAAUAAUACGUCGUGUUCAAGGAGUAAAACAAGAGUGGAAUCCAAGGAGGUUCAGUCAAGGAUUGGCGUAGGCAGCAUUACUCAAACUAUAGGAGUUAAAACCAGAAGCUUGAUACGGUUGAAGCAGAAGAGAGAUUGUCUUCAUUCAUUGGACUCCCAAGAGAAGAGCAUUGCAGGGAAAAUCUACUGA